AUGCCUACGCAUCUCAGACGAUCAACACAUUCCCUGACUAUUAGCGGUAAAACUAAAAAGGAGGUCGCUUUGUCUCACGAGACCAGCCCUUCUAGUCCGACAGAAUACACUUUAACAACUCUCGAUAAACUCAUCAACUGGGCCCGACAGAGUUCUUUAUAUCCGAUGACAUUUGGCCUUGCAUGCUGUGCCGUGGAGAUGAUGCACAUGGCUGGUCCGCGUUACGAUGGCGACCGCUUGGGUCUUUUGUUCAGAGCUUCACCAAGACAAUCUGAUGUGAUGAUUGUGGCCGGCACGUUGACAAAUAAAAUGGCGCCUGCGCUGCGGCAGGUUUAUGACCAAAUGCCCGACCCCCGUUAUGUUAUAAGCAUGGGAAGUUGUGCAAAUGGUGGCGGCUAUUACCACUAUAGCUAUUCUGUCGUUAGAGGUUGCGAUCGGAUAGUACCGGUGGAUGUAUACGUGCCAGGCUGUCCACCAACCUCGGAAGCCUUAAUCUACGGGCUUCUACUCAUUCAAAAGAAGAUACGGAGAACUCAGACUACACGAAUAUGGUAUAGACGGUAG